AUGCCUCACUCCAAGGACGGAACGUUCAUCUAUGCCGACGCAGCAGGGGAUCCUUCGAAACCUUGUCUAGUCUUCGUUCAUGGCGCACACCUGAGCGCGAUUGUCUGGGAUGACUUGUUCGUACACCAUAAAUUGCUGGAUCUGUUCUAUCUUGUUCGAUAUGACGUUCGUGGGCACGGCCGAAGUGGCAAGCCUGAAGCGUCAGAGGGAUACACGACGGACCUGUAUGCCGAAGAUUUUCUUGCAGUUAUGAAACAAUUUAAUGUCGUGAAACCUCUCUUCAUUGGAUGGAGCCUCGGAUUCACGAUUGCAGCAGACAUUAUGGCCAAUCUUCCAAGCAACACACUCUUCGGACUCGUCUCCAUGGCUGGCCUGCCUUACAUGGAAAUGCUUCCCGACGUCGCCAGCAAGACCACUCUUCAGUAUGCUGGAGCGAUGACGAACAAGGAAAAUUUCCGAGGCGCUGUGGAGGCAUGCAUGUCCGUCGCCGACCUUCCAUUCGCCAAACCUGAAGAGGUUCCAUUCGACAUCAGGUGCGCAUGGCUCGGCACAAUACUUCUUCCCUCUGUUGCAGUUAGGGGAAACUAUUUUUCUCGGAAGCAAGACCCUACGAAACUGGUCGAAGCCGCAGGACAGGGUCUUCCCCUUUGCGUUAUCAGUGGCACGGCGGAUCAGGUUGUGUAUCCCAAGGUCGCUCUGGAAGAGCUGCAAAGUCGCUUCACAGACAUCACCCUCUACGAGAUUGAAGGCGCAGGGCAUGCCGUUUUCUAUGAUGCCGCCGAAGAGGUCGUCGACCACGUUGUCUCGUUUGCACGCAGAAUCGGAUUCACUGUGCACGUGACCGAUGUGUGGGCUUUCUCGCUCAUGGCGGGCCUCCAGGUUGCAUUUGACACGAUCUCGGAGCGGUGA